GGGGGCGUGGCUUUGAGUGCGGCACCCUGGGACUGGACCCCGCAGGUGCUUGGGGGCGUAGCCUGGAGUGAGGGUUUGGCUGGUAUAGCUUGGAGUGAGGCGCCCUGGCGUGGAGUCUUGAGGCCUGCUGAGGGCGUGAGCUGGCAUGAGGCGACGAGAGGGCCAUGGCACCGACUCCGAGGUGGGUCAAGGGCCCGUACGGGAGUCGCAAUCCUCAGAUCCUCCUGCGCUCCAGUUCCGGAUAAGCGAGUACAAGCCGCUGAAAAUGGCGGGAGUGGAGCAGCCCCCGAGCCCCGAGCUGCGGCAAGAAGGCGUGACCGAAUACGAAGAUGGCGGGGCCCCGGCAGGAGAUGGCGAGGCGGGCCCCCGACAGGCGGAGGACCACCCCCAGAAUCCUCCAGAAGAUCCCAAUCAGGACCCCCCAGAGGAUGAUAGCACCUGUCAGUGCCAGGCGUGCGGGCCUCACCAAGCCGCGGGUCCAGAUCUUGGUUCCUCUAAUGAUGGCUGCCCUCAGCUGUUCCAGGAGCGGUCAGUCAUAGUGGAGAACUCCUCAGGUUCCAUCAGCGCUUCUGAGCUCCUCAAACCCAUGAAGAAGAGGAAACACAGGGAAUACCAGAGCCCAUCAGAGGAGGAGUCGGAGCCAGAGGCCAUGGAGAAGCAAGAAGAAGGAAAGGACCCAGAGGGACAACCCACCGCUAGCACCCCAGAGAGUGAGGAGUGGAGCAGCAGCCAGCCUGCAACAGGUGAGAAGAAGGAAUGCUGGUCGUGGGAGUCCUACCUAGAGGAGCAGAAGGCCAUUACUGCUCCAGUCAGCCUCUUCCAGGACUCCCAGGCAGUCACUCACAACAAGAAUGGCUUCAAACUGGGCAUGAAGUUGGAAGGCAUUGACCCUCAACACCCAUCCAUGUACUUCAUCCUCACCGUGGCUGAGGUAUGUGGCUAUCGCCUACGCCUGCACUUUGAUGGGUAUUCUGAGUGCCAUGACUUCUGGGUCAAUGCCAACUCCCCUGACAUUCACCCUGCUGGCUGGUUCGAGAAGACGGGCCACAAGCUGCAGCCUCCCAAAGGUUACAAGGAGGAGGAGUUCAGCUGGAGCCAGUACCUGCGCAGCACAAGAGCUCAGGCUGCCCCCAAGCACCUGUUUGUGAGCCAGAGCCACAGUCCCCCACCCCUGGGCUUCCAGGUGGGCAUGAAGCUGGAGGCUGUUGACCGCAUGAACCCGUCCCUUGUCUGCGUGGCCAGUGUGACCGAUGUGGUGGACAGCCGCUUCCUGGUGCACUUUGACAACUGGGAUGAUACUUAUGACUACUGGUGUGAUCCCAGCAGCCCCUACAUCCACCCAGUGGGCUGGUGCCAGAAGCAAGGAAAGCCCCUCACGCCUCCACAAGACUACCCAGACCCUGAUAACUUCUGUUGGGAGAAAUAUCUGGAAGAAACUGGGGCCUCUGCUGUCCCUACUUGGGCCUUCAAGGUGCGACCCCCUCACAGCUUCCUGGUCAAUAUGAAGCUGGAGGCUGUGGACCGCAGGAACCCAGCCCUGAUUCGCGUGGCCAGCGUGGAGGAUGUGGAGGACCAUCGAAUAAAGAUCCACUUUGAUGGCUGGAGUCAUGGCUAUGAUUUCUGGAUCGACGCUGACCACCCAGACAUCCACCCUGCCGGCUGGUGCUCCAAGACAGGACAUCCCCUGCAGCCUCCUCUCCGACCCAGAGAGCCCAGCUCUGCCUCCCCUGGGGGCUGUCCCCCUCUCAGCUAUAGGAGCCUGCCCCACACUAGGACCUCCAAAUACAGCUUUCACCACCGGAAGUGCCCCACUCCUGGUUGCGAUGGCUCUGGCCAUGUCACAGGCAAGUUCACAGCUCACCAUUGCCUCUCAGGCUGCCCACUGGCUGAGAGGAACCAGAGCCGGCUGAAAGCGGAGCUGUCUGACUCGGAGGCCUCAGCCCGCAAGAAGAACCUCUCAGGCUUCUCCCCAAGGAAGAAGCCUCGCCAUCACGGCCGAAUUGGACGCCCUCCAAAGUAUCGAAAGAUUCCGCAGGAAGAUUUCCAGACCCUCACGCCUGAUGUCGUGCACCAGUCCCUCUUCAUGUCAGCCCUGUCAGCCCACCCUGACCGCUCACUCUCAGUGUGCUGGGAGCAGCACUGCAAGCUCCUGCCAGGAGUAGCGGGCAUCUCAGCCUCGACAGUCGCCAAGUGGACCAUCGAUGAGGUCUUCGGCUUUGUUCAGACCCUGACAGGUUGUGAGGACCAAGCACGCCUCUUCAAAGACGAGGACCAUCAAGAAGGAGCCCCAGAGGCCCGGCAUGGUGGCUCACAUCCAUAAUCCCAGAUGUCAGGAGUUCAAGACCAGCCUGGCCAACAUGGUGAAACCCUGUCUAUACGAAAAAUACAAAAUUAGCCGGAUGUGGUGGCACAUGCCUCUGGUCCCAGCUACUCAGGAGGCUGAGGCAGAAGAGUCACUUGAACCUGGGAGGCGAAGGUUGCAGCGAGCUGAGAUCAUGCCACCGUACUCCAGCCUAGGUGACAGAGCAAGACUCAGUCUUUAAAAAAAAAAAAAAGGUGGGGGCUCCAGAGCCAGACCGGCAUGAGGUGUCUGAAUCUGGAUGUUUCUGCACAGACACAUCUGCUGGGGGGUCAGCAAAGAGAGCUCCUCAGGUCCAAGGGAGCUGCCUCCUGGGAUGACCACUUGGCAUCCCCCUCACAGCUCCCAGUGUCUCAGGCAAGCAGUAUCUCCAGUGCUUCCCCAUCGAGGAGGUGCUGGAGAGAGAGCAGAAUGGCUGACUCCUUGAGAAAGGGGGAAAUGUGCUUAUUCAGCAGGCCCUGGUCUCAGACCUGGGAAGCCCCUUUUCACUUGAGGGGUCAUUUUAGAGCAUUAGAAAGGAAGCUUAAUGCAGAUAAUCUCAUUGGUGUGUUUGGCUACUAGACUUUUCAUUUUCUUUUGGGGGGAAGGUUUUUAGCCAUCAGAAGUGCCAGUUUUCAGAGCCUUCUUGGGUAGUGAAUUGGGAAAGACCAGGUAACUGUUUUCUCAGAGCUGCUGGGGGGACAGAUAUAUGGGGUUCAUUCCCCGACUCUAUCCUGCUUCCGUUUAACCUCUAAGGUUGCCAGCCUCUCUGAGAUACAGUCCUGUUGUCACCACACCUCAGAGAUCCUUUCAUUCAUUCUUUCUGGAUUUACUGAGCACCCGACUUAUGUCAGGUAAGCAGCCUCCUGGUGCUCCUGGAAGGCAAAUGAAGAAAUACGUACAAUUCAGGGGAGUUUGUGGAACUGUGUGAACUCCCGACAGAGUGGAAGGAGUGGGCAGUUCUGACUGCUGGGGAAGCAUGCUGACAGUGAGCAGGCCUUCCUGGCAGGGGUGGCAGAGGGAACAGAGCUGCAAGGCAGAAGAUACCCAGUUAUUGGGGAAGGGUCUGUAGUGCAGUCUGUGGAGCUAGGUGUGAGGAGGGCUCACUUGGAACUGUGGGACAGGGCCAGGCUUGGGUGGCAUCGCCCCCUGAGCUGCAUGAGUCAUGUCCAUAGGAUACCCCUACCCAGCUUUCACAGUGGUUAAGAACACAGGUCAGCACUUAUAAGCUAGGUAUAUCUUGGGCAAAUUCUGUAGCCUGUCUGCCUUGGUUUUCUCAUCUGUAUAAUCGAGAUAAUGCUGGUAUUGCUUCAUAGGGUUAUUGUGAGGAUUAACUGAGUUAAUACACAACAGGUGCUUAGGAGCAGUGCCUGGCAUGUAAGAAACAACAUAGAAGUGUUUUCAUUGCUAUGAUGCUUGAGGGGUGAGCAUAGGAGGGAUGGCAUCUCCUCAAAAACAGGGUCCCCCAGCUCAGUCUCUUGACCCUCACAGCCUGCCUCCCAGCUCUCUUCAUUCUAUCCCAUCCUCCACAACUGACUUCCCUUCUUGACUCUACCCAUAUACCUAGCUACUAGAAUUAACAAUUACUAAUAUUUUCCAUAUUUGUUUCACCUGUAUUUGGAUGAAGUAAUUUUAAGUAAAUUUUAGACAUCAUGACAUUUCACCCCUGAGGACAUAACUUGCGUCUCUAAAAACUAAGGACUUUCUUUACAUAACCACAAUAUUGUUAUCCCAGUACCAAAUUGCAAGUAACUCCUUUAUAUCAUCCAAUACCCAGUCUGCAUUCAUAUUUCCCCAGUUCUCAGGAUACUUUUUGCAGUUUUUGAGCCAGAAUCCAAACAAGGCCUACAUAAUUGGUUUUGGUUUUUAUGUCUCUUAAGUUUCUUUUAUUCUAGAAGAGCCCCCCGCCCCCAUCCUUUUUUUCCUUUUUUAAUGACAUUUUUAAAAGUCAGAAUGUGGUUUUUUGGAUUUGUCUGGUUGCUUUCUAGUGGUGUCACUUAACUUGUUCCUCUAUCCCCUGUAUUUCCCAUGAACUGAAAGUUAGAUCCAAAGGCUGGGUUAGAGUUAGGUUAAAUUUCUCACUGUCACUGUCUCUGUUUCUCUCUCUGUGUCUCUCUGUCUCCCCCUGCCCCCCUCUGCUUUUGGCAAGACUAGUUCCUAGGUGACACUAUGUACUUCGUACUGCCUCAUGUCGGAAUGCACACAAUGUCUGCUUGUCUUGCUGUCAGCAGCACUAAGGUUGACCAAUGAGGUCAUGUGGGGACAACAACAGCAGGUUUCUCAAAGCCACUGUCUGUGAGGACUCAAAAGACAUUUUGCGGAUACAAAUGCUAAACCUCAGACCAGUCAGCAGAAAGAGAGAAAGAGAACAAGUGUGUGAACACGGGGAAACCAGUGGCUGUCUUUCUUUCCUUCUCCGUCCCCAUUGCUGUCUUCCUUUUUUCCUUUCUCCCUCCCUUCUCCUUUCUCCCUGUCCUUUCUCUCCACCUCUCUCCUUCCCUUUCUUCCGCAUAUCCUUUACUCCUACUCCCCUCCCCCAUUCCCCAUGCGCACCCCUCCCUUUCCUUCACCCCUGCCCCGUGACCCUUUCCACCUUCUCCACUUUCCACCUCCCUCCCGCAACCCCUCAGAUGAUUGACGGCGAGGCCUUCCUUUUGCUGACACAGGCGGACAUUGUGAAGAUCAUGAGCGUCAAGCUGGGCCCAGCCUUGAAGAUCUAUAACGCCAUUCUCAUGUUCAAAAACGCCGAUGACACCUUAAAGUGACUGGCCCAGGGCUGGGCCCUCCUGCGGCCCCUGCUUGGCCUCCCUCUCCAGCUGAUGCUUUCUUCCUGACCUGAGUUCCUCAUACCCCACACGUCCCCAUGCUCCACCUAUGUCUGACCAGGGCUGGUCCUUCCUAGAGGGUGCAUGGGAGCUGAGGAGCCCUGGGGAGGGUAAGGCACCCAGCCCCAAGUCCUAGAGCUCAUUCGCCACCAGGCUUGUCAGUGAGGGCGUGACUGGCAGGGGCAUUACUCAUGGAGUCAGUUGGACUGUGGCAGCCUCACAGCCCCAGUGGACUUUUAUUUUAUUACCAAAGGGUCUUUUUCUUGGCAGUUGAGGAGAGACUAGUAGAGCAGCAGUCCUUCAAUCUGAGGCCCCUUUCCCUUUUUUGGUAUCUCUGUGUACUUUUCUCUCCUUGGCUCCUUUCCUCCUGCCAAGAAGUGACCCCACCGCAAACGUAUUUACUCCUGGAGGUACCUCCUCCCUUUCUGUCUGCUGGUUUUGCUGCCCUCAUUCUGCUGCUUCGUUUCCUGGGCAGUGCCCCCAGCCAGACCCCACUGGCUCUUCCCCCUGAGGUAUGUGAACCUCGGAAACAUGUUUUCAUAAGAUCCCUUGGAAGUCUCUAGCUGCCUUUCUCUCUUUUGCCCAGAAUUUAGAGAUUCUGAGCCAAGAUGCCUUCCUGAACUUACCCAGUUCUGGACCAGUUGGCAUUUUAGUAUCCCACGCCAAGUCCAAGUUCCAGCAGAAUGAGCAGGUGGCUAGAGCCUGUUUUAUAGAUGGCAGAGGUUGAGGUUCCACUGCUGUUUUCCAUACACCCUUCAUGUGUUGAGUCUGGGAAGGAGUAAGCCUAGCCUGCCAGUAGCCUAGGUUAGGAGACCAGCAUAAGGAUUUGUUAGACAAUCUCGGGUCUUUGGCCAGAGGGGCAGCUCCAGCAGGCAUAGUGGUGCCUGAAGUUAGGAAUAGUGUCCUCUCUGUAGCCUUGGACCUCAGCCAAGGUAUUGCCCAUGGGGUGAUGGCUCCAGGCCUGCCAGGCCUUCUGCCAUGAGAAUGUAGCACUCUGUGUAGCACACACCCCCAUGACAUCAUUCAACCUGUCCCUUAAAUGUUGACCACUAGCUCUUGCAGCAUCUUACAAAGAUGACUUGAAGUUGGGAGUUAGGAAGGUGAACUUUUCUAUCUGAAUUCUCUGGGUCCCUGAAGCCCUCCUUGCCACUCUCCAUCUGUCUUGCACUGCCAGCCGGGCCCCUGCUGGGGCUCUGGGACUUCCACUUCUCGGUCCACAUAGGAACCCAGCUUCCACUGAGUCACUGCCAAACCUGCCUCCCAGCCUGGGUGGGAAGGGGGAGAGCCACUGGCAGGAGCCAGCCCCACAUGGAGGUGAGGAGCCACUGCCAACCUCCUGUGCUCAGGUGCUGAUGUGGGCCUGCAGAGUGUGGGGCCGGUGCCUUCCCCCAGACCCCUUCUCUCAAUCGUGUGAUGCGUGUGUGUGUGCACGUGUGUGUGUGUGUGUGUGUGUGGCACUCUCAGAAGUGUUUGACAGGGUGCAGAUGUGAGGCUCAGUGUUGGGAAAAUGCCAAGGGCUAUUAUCAUUAAAAUUUGAAGCUUUAUUUUUCCCUUAGAAGUGGGAAACCCAGAGCUCUGUUGAUUUCCUACCACAACCCAGUAGGGGCCUCUCUCUCCCAUGGGCUGGACAGCUUUUUGAGGAAGCCAUUCAGCUCCCACAGUUGAGCUCCCACAGGGCUUCAGGUGUCCCUUCCCUUUCAACUGCUUAGAGGCAGCUUUGAGCACAGCCUUCCUGGAAGGAAGCUAGGCAAGCCCUGCCACACAGCGAAGGUUGGGUUUACAAGGGUGACACUGGUACCCCCUUGGCCAAGAGUAAAAAAGAACAAGUCUAAGCCUUGCUUUUAUCUUGGUUGUCUGGGUGGUGGCAGAACUCAUCAGCUCCUUAUCCUCAGUCUGUUCCUCUAAAAGAUGAGAGAUGUUCACUGACUUUGUGUGGUGAGAAGGCAGCAAGUACUCACGGCUGGUGCUGUGGGACCUCAUAGCUUCUAAGGAGAGAGGCUGGGAGGGUCUUUGCCAUCGGAUCUGCCAAGCACCUAAUGCUUGCCUGUGGUGAAGGCAAGAUGGACCAAGGGCCUUGGAGAAAAGGGCUCCCAGGCCUCUGAACUUUGAGGCCUCAGCACUUUCUGCACUAUUGUCAAACUCUUUGGAAAGAAACCAAAUCAUUAAAAAGUAGAAAGAAAUCUGCCUCUUGUCUGCCCUACUGCCCCUUUACCCCCACUCUGUCCCCAAAUGAUAUUAUUGCACCUUGACCUGGGAAUGCAGAGAGGGGAGGGAGUUGGCAGAGAUUCCUGGUGCCCUCUGCCCUCCUAGCAACAGGUGCCACUUAUAUUUUGGCCCCUGGCAGCCUCGCCCAGCCCCUGAUCAUCCCAGGCCUAGGGCAGUUAGGACCUUUCUGUUUAUUUUCUGAAGCAGAGAGAAUGAUCUCAGAGUCUGCAAAUGAAGCCUUUUUUGCACUUUCAUUCACAUGCACUUUGGUGGGGUUACAUUUUUGUACUUGCCUCUUGUGUGUGCACAUGUGUGUAUGUGUUCUUUAAGAGAAUCUUCUGGCUUAAGCUGAGGUGACUCUUGAGGGAGAAAAAGUUACAAACAAAAUGUGGUGUGAUUUGUCAGUGUAUCAAAACAACAUAAAUAAACUUGAACAACUGAUAUGC